AUGUCAGUACAAAAGUUUGUUAGUAAAGCAACAUUUGAAUUUGGCCGUCGUUUAUUUGGCGAACAAGUUCGUCGUGAACCAGCCACACUUAAAGAUCAAUAUCGUAAAUUUCAAUAUUAUCAAACAACUCAUUAUAAGUUAGGGCUUAUGGAACAUGAUCGACUCUACGGUGAUAAUCCAGUAAUCAAAGAAGCUAUGCGCCGUUUACGUAUCACCGAACCUGAAGUAUGGGACGAACGUUCGUUUCGCAUAUCACGCGCAAUUAAUUUCGACAUUAAAAAGAUGCUUCUACCAAAAGAUGAAUGGGUUGAAUACGAACAAGAUGUACCGUAUUUACAACCAUUUCUUGCAGAAAUCGAACGUGAACAAGAUGAAGAACGACACUGGAAAAAAGUUUUAGGUUAA